AUGGAAGUGCCAGAUUCAGCCGCGCAAAUAUUCAAUCCUCAUUGUUUUGGCAUGCAAGAGCAACCCUCAGCAGUAGCCGAACGCCUGAAGCUAUUUGGUUCUGGCCUCAGCAAGGAACAGCGAGAAGCACUGGUUGCUUCAGAACCUCUUGCUUUGCAUCUUUUCCAAGGGCUGGCGUACACCAUAGGGUCUGCAUUAGGCUCUCGUCCGCCUUCAUCAGAGGCCUGUCUAUCGGCAUUUACUCUUCCCAACUCCGUUGGGUUGACUGCCGGAGCGCGCGCGUGGUCGAAACACGCGCAUCGCUCCGGUACUGCUAGUCCCGAAACCAACGAGGAAACCCCAGUCACCAAAUCCGUGAAGAAAUCGAACAAACAGGACACUGGUGGCUGGUGGGGGGCGCAACCAUCCGGACCCGUCGCAGUCAUUAACGAGAAUGCUCUGGUCUUGUUUUGGAAAGUGAUGAAUAAUGCGACAUGGAGAAACCUGCAUUGGCUGCCACAUCAAGUGCUAGUUUACGAGGUCCGCGUCGCAGAGGGCUAUGGUUUGCGGUGGUCUCAAGAUCGGAGUGUCUCGCGAGAGAGCGAAGAAGACAUGCCGUCGUGGCUAUUUCGUGGAUUUGUUGAACCUAUGAUGGAAGCUUUGUGCCUUCCGUCCAUCCGUCCCCUCACUCGUGGUUUUGCUCAUCAAGCGGACUUCGAACCUUCGAAGAUUCAGACCAAGAUGGUGAAAUUUUAUCUGCUUUUCCUGGCAUGGGCAACGUCUGCAGUAUAUGGACGAGAUCCUUGCACACUCGCUACUGCAUCAAAAUGGGUUUCCAGCGCCAUUGCACAUGCCUGUGAACUCAGUGUCCCCUAUAAUCCGACCCACGCAUCGUCCAUUAUCAACUCUACACUCAAAAUUCUACCCUACUACUCUCUCGAAACUUGGUUUCGACGCUCUCCUAACCCUCGCAUCCCGCACGACAUCAACAUUCGAACACUUUUGGAAAGUCUCCAAGAUACGGUUUUAAAUUCUGGUUAUCCUACUGACUGGGAUUUCAAUCUUGCUGUCACUAAUGUGUUCAAUCGCGAGCAGGAUGGUCAUACCACUUACCAAGCGGCAUGUACGACAGCCUUUAGUUGGAAUCUCCCCUUUUCCAUCGCCGCUCUAGCAGAAACUCCAUUUUCACCCACGGCCAACGUUGUGUUUCUCUCCAACUACGACUUCCCAAAUCAAAAUCGACCCGGAUUCGAAGCGUAUCAUCUGCGGCGUGGAUUCAAUGGUCGUGCUUAUGAUCAUGCUCAAAUUCUGAGUAUUGAUGGGGUCAACGCCACAGAGUAUUUGACACGUCUGGCGCAGGAUUCCAGUGUCUAUGAGGGCCUCGUGGGUGGCUUUGAAGAUGCAGAUGCGCGAUUGAUGACACUCUUGUCCCGUUACUCAGCCGAUACCGACCAGGGGUUCUUUACUCAAGAAGUGGGUCGAUUCGGACAAAGGAUGUUUUAUCCUGGAAGGGACAACGUCACCGUCACCGUGCAAACGAUGGCGAAUACGACAGAGACACUGAUUAUCCCAUGGGCGGCGACUUUCAUUGCCAACGGGAACACCACACAGUCGUUUAUGACCCAAACUUGUGCUAGAGAAAAUUCCAAUCUACCGCGUCGCAGCUUGUCAGGAUAUGUCGAACCCCGGCAAUCUCUCGUUCAGGCGGAUGCACAAACCGAGAUUCGUGCAGCCGCCGGUACAGAAAACGAAAAGACCUCACGAACUAAUUUCGUUCAACCUCAUCUAACUUCCUAUGGUCAUUUUAUCACCCUCGACAUCUAUCGCCUGAAAAGACAUCCCAAAGUUGGCGUUGUUUAUGUCGAACAGUUCAAGCCCUCCAUCGAGUACAAUUAUAGGGACUAUUUCCGGCAACUCUCGAACGUGAUCUAUUCCGGCCUUACAUCCCUCAAGAAAGCCGGUGUGCAACAUGUCCUGAUCGACAUAUCUGGCAACAGAGGUGGCUACAUCAACGCGGGGGGAAUUAUGCAGUGGGGCCUAUGGCCCGAUGACCUCUAUCCCGGCUUUCCAUCCGUUUUCCGCGUCAACGACUUGAUCAUACGCCAGUCUCGGGUAGCUGCGAGACACAACGAUAGCUCAUCCGACUAUUACUUUGGCAAUUAUAUGUCCACCGACUACUUGCCCCUGACCUCCAACACGGAAUUUAUGGACCCACCUGUGGAACAGCUUGUCAACGGUGUGCGCGACCGUUUUUCUCACCCAAUCUUCGACUUUUUCGGCAACUCUUCUGCCGCAGUGACCAAGUUCACUUCGCCGCCGUUCGCCUCAUCAGACUAUGUUAUCGUGUCGAACGGCAUUUGUGCAUCAACAUGCUCGAUCUUCAGCAGCUACCUCUUUCAGAAACAUGGUGUCAGGUCGGCCGUUUUCGGCGCAAGCUUCCAUCCAGGCGAACAAGCUUCUAAACAGUUUGAUGGGGGAAUCAAAGGCGCCGAGGUCAUCAGCUUCGAAGAAAUUUUGUCGGAACUGGAGAAUGCAGGGCUGCAGAACGAUGAAGACGCACCGCAACCGUUUCCCGUUCGCGCGGUGCUAUCGGUUAACUUCAGGAAUGCGAUCCCAUAUAUGGACCAGCAACGAGAUGGGAUCUUGGAGUACGUAUGGGAGCCUGGUACGCGAAAGUACCAAUUCACUCGGGAGCUUUUCAACAAACCGGAAAAGGUUUGGGAGUUCGUCGCGGAGGAGUUUUUCGGCUGA